AUGGUUUCGACCCCGCACAGGUGGAGAAGGGUUGGAAAGUCUGUCCUAGCCCUGCAUUACCCUUAUGUCGUCGCCUUCGAGCCCACGUUCAUCGAGGUCCACCAUGUCGAGACUGGGCAUCUGGUCCAGAUCAUUACCGGCAACAACAUCCGAUGCCUCUUUGCCGAUACCCUUCCUUCUCGAGUCAACGCCCCUCCCCUCCCAAUCGUGGGAUGUACCCCGGUCAAGCUGGAGGGGCAUACGGCCGUUCCCCGCCCCACCCCGGAUACCCCUAUUCUCCCAACACUGCAGCCUACCUUCAUGCCCCGCCUGCCGGCAGGGGCUACUACCCCAACGCGCCUCUUACACUCGGCGCUCGCCCUCGCCCGCCUCCCCAAAUGGGCGGAUACCCCGUUCCCCAUCCGCAUCAGCAGGCUCCGCCGGGACUUGCGGUGA